CAAUUCGGCCCACCCCAAUGCCAGUUCAUGUUAGCUUUCACUGCAUGAUUUGGCUCGAGUAAUUUUUUAGGCGAGGUAUCCUGCGCUACACUACAGGAUCUACAGGAUCCCCCCACUCGUGGUCUGGCAAGGAUGGCGAGCCUCGCGGGCGACAAUCUCCCCGCCGUCCGCGAGCAGCGACCAAGGCCAGCGUUGGCCUGGGCGGCAUCCAGCGCGGCGCCCACACCGAGGCAGCCCUCGACUUCCAGGAUGGUCCGUGGGCGCCCCAACCUGAUCCGCAGGCCUCUGGGGCUCCGACUUCCUGGGGUUUCGGCCACCUGGACUGACGGAGACCUACCCUACAUGAGGAGGCCCGCCACGGGCCAAGAGACCCUCCCCGAGCAUCGCCCGGGCAACGGCACAUCGGUCCAUCCCACGGCCGAGAUGUACACUGCCCCCGAGUUGCUUGGAGUGGAGCUGGCCAGCAGAGAGGCCAUGAACGACCCGCCGAGCGACACCUCGCGGACUCCGACAUCUCCGCGGAGUCCCUGGAGCCCUCCUGUGAAAUAAAUAGUGUCAGUGCUGAUCUGUACGCAGUGUAGCAUAGCAUGCCAGCAAGCAUAUGCUCUUUCGUAACUAUUUGGGCUCAAUCCUUUAAGGGCCCUUGAGCUUGGGCGUAUCGGUAGACACCUCGCAGGUGCCGCUAAGCA